AUGGCUUUGUUUCAAGAGAUGGAAGAAAGUAGACUGCAUCCUGGUAUUGUGGCUUACAGUAUCCUAAUUGAUGGUAUGUGCAGAGCUGGGAACGUUAAAGCUGCAAGAGAACUCUUUUGUAGUCUUUCCACCAAAAGGUUGCAGCCUGAUAUUCUCACAUAUACCAUUAUGAUUAAUGGUCUCUGUAAGAAAGGAUUGUUAAGUGAAGCAAACACGUUGCUCAAGAAAAUGGAAGAGAGUGGUUGCUCUCCCAAUGCUUGCACUUACAAUGUAAUUGUCCAGGGAUUUUUACGAAACAAUGAAACGUUAAGGGCAAUGCAACUUGUUAAAGAAAUGGCUGAGAAGGUUCUCUGCCAAUUCAUGUACUAUGAGCCUUUUAUUGGAUUUAUCAAAUGUGCUGUAUGUAUGGCCUAUUGGUGCUUGCAUCAAUGUCGUCUUCAUGUUUUUGGGGUGAAAUCAUUGUUCCUUGAGAAGUACGAAGGAAAGAACCCCAGUUGGCGCGAAGAAGCUGCAACAUUGUUGAAUGUAGUGGCGAACGGAAAAAUCAAAUUGAGUGUACAAGCCUUCAAUAUAUUGGUGGAUGCAUUUUGUAAGAAAGGGAAGGUUGUAGAAGCAUUUGAAAUAGUUGAAAUGAGGAUUCAAAGAGGAUGCGAAAAAAUGAGUGAGGCUCUAAGACUGUUUCAAGAAAUUUCUAAGAUGGGAUUGGUUCCUGAUACUGUUACUUACAACACUCUUAUAGGUGGUUAUUGUUUGCAAAGCAAAUUUCAUCAGGCAAGGAAGAUAUUUGAUUUGAUGGUUGCUAGGGGUUGUGCCCCUAAUGUUCAAAGCUAUAACAUCUUGAUUAACGGAUAUUGUAGGAUGCGAAAAAUGAGCGAGGCUCUAAGCCUGUUUCACGAAAUUUCUCAGAUGGGAUUGGUUCCUGAUACUAUUACUUACAACACUCUUAUAGGUGGUUUUUGCCACGCAGGAAACCCUCUAGUUGCACAACAACUUCUAAAUGAGAUGCGAGCCUGUGACCAACAUCCUAAUCAUAUUACCUACUGUACUCUGUUAAAUGGAUUGUGUAAAAACCAAUGUCUUGCUGAGGCAAUGGCCUUGUUUCGAGAGAUGGAAGAAAGUGGACUGCAUCCUGAUUUUGAGAAAAUGGAAGUGAGUGGUUGCACUUCCAAGGUAAUUGUCCAGGGAUUUCUUCGAAACAAUGAGACGGUAAGGGCAAUGCAACUUCUUCAAGAAAUGGUUGAGAAGGGAUUCUCUCCCGAUUCAUGUACUAAGAGCCUUUUAUUGGAUUUAUCAAAUAAUAGUGGAUUGGAUCAAUCAGUUUUGGAGAUGCUCAAUAAGUUUGUGUGAUCUCUAUUGGGUUUUUUGAAAUUUUGUUGGCCUUGCAGUGUACUGUAUGUAUGGCCUAUUGGUGCUUGCAUCAAUGUCUGUCUUCAUGUUUUUGGGGUGAAAUCGUUGUUCCAUGAGAAGUACGAAGGAAAGAACCCGAGUUGGGAAAUGUUGGGGAACUUAAGAAUAAUGAUGGAGGGAUUUGUAUAAAACUGAUCGACUAGAUGGGAUAAGGAAGGUGGCUUGGUGAAAUCGAGCAAGGGAUUGUUUCUCUAGCGAAAGCAAAGUUGCUGCUGAAGCGUGUGGGAAUGGUGUUUCAAUGGACCCAAAGAAACAGUGAAAUUUACCAAACAAUCUGUGCUUAUCUCACUCUUUAUUUUGGAAUGAUGAACUAUAUUUACUUUGUCGCAUCUGCUUAAUGGAGAGGAUUGGAUUAUAAUGAAAAGAAAGAAUCUUGCCAUCAAGUUGAUUUGUACUAUAUAUAUAUAUAUAUGUAUAGAGAGAGAGAGAGAGAGAGAGAGAGAGA